CUUUUUUUUUUUUUUUGCAAUGACAGAGUUCGUUGUGUAUGAAGAUUCACCUCUUGCCGACUACUUACAAUCUGUUAACCAAGCAGAGAAACCUGUCAAAAUAACAGUACCGCCACCGUCGUCACGACCGCCACUGACAAGGCCUUCCGUCUUGACAAAGACCAGUGAUCGAAGCCUUGACAUUUCGAAAAUGUGGAGAAGAUCUCUCUUUUUUGACACGUUUUCGAUAUCAUUACCAAGAGCAGAAGAAAAUGCUUUUGAAGAGAAAUUCAAAUAUCUGGUGAUCAGCUCGCCACUUUUAAGCGAAAUGUUGACCAUUCAACACCACCAUCACCACAAGCGCUCCUUAAGCACAGAGCUGCUCUUUCAGCUUCCUCCUCAAGGCAGAAAGUGGAGGUUAGCAACGAAUUUAAUCACUCCACUCAGCAUUGUCCUCGGUAUAGAAUACUAUGGAUUCAAGCCAAAGAUCCCCGUAGUGACCUUGUUUUUAUCCAGUUCGGUCACAGUUUUCUUUUUGUAUAGACAUCGACGACGAACCAUCAUACGCCAAUUGUAUCAAAAUGCCUUGUCCCAAUUACAAACGUUCACAGAGCAAAGCGAUGUUCUCAACAAUAAAAUUCAAAAGGUGUUGAUUACCAUCCAAGAAAUUGAAUUGGUAUCGCGAGGCUAUCGACUCUCUACCCCUCUUUCGCCCAUAUCACGUAUUGAACAAAGCAGUGGCCGUCAUAAGAAAUGCCGUCAACUUCGAAACACGCUUGCCUCCAUCCUCAGACGUGCCUUCAUUGCUUACGAAGAAGGCGUCAUCGAUCUCAUCGACGUCAUCAACAGACAGAAUUUAUCCACGCUGUAUGAUAUGUACAACGUGCAUUCCAUUGCUACGUUAUCUGCUAUGGGAGGAGAGCCCUCUUCGACAGACAAAGAGGAGGAAACGGAACCUUAUAGCUUGGAUCAAUUGAAAAAGUUGGCCCAGUUGAUGCAUCUAAAACGUCGCGAAUGCAUGGUUCAUCUUUUAGCGCUCAAUGGGAUGGCAGAAGACGAAAUGUAUCAACAGAAAAAAUACGAGUACGAUCGACAUGGAUGGGCAGUGGUCAAUAACGUACUAUCAAAGUUGGUGCAAGAUACAGAACAAUUUGUCAGAGAUACCGUGGACGCUUUAGAAGUCGAGUUUCAACGACCAUGGAAUGGAUCACAACCACGUCAAAAGAGUCUGCUUCAUAAAAUCACUGAUACACGUACAAAACAGUUUGUGCAUCGUUUAUCAUCACUUGAGCAACACAUUCGUACCAUGGAAGCCAAACUCUACUUGUGCAAUGAUAAUGUGCGGCAAUUGAGCUCAGAUCCCUCCAAUGAUGAAUGGAAAGAAAAAUUACGUCAUGACUAUCUUUCGAUACAACAAGAGUUUCAAAUGAUGACAGCUGAAUGGGAUCUCGGCAAAGAUACGCUAGAGACCUUCUUGAACCCUCCCGAUACUGCGUCACUAGCACCGACGGAAGAAGAAAAAGUGCCACCCAAGGCAACGACGGAAGCUUCUCUAGAAGAGACAGAAGGCAAAGGCAUGAUUUUGGACGCUGAAGACGUCGCUGAUAUACUUAACCUACCUCCUGUUGCCAAAGCAUCUGUAUUUGAAGCCAUUGCUGGUGUUGUGGAAAAGAAUGGAAAGGAAAGGUCAAAAAAGACAAGGCAAGAAAGAAUUGAAGAAAUGAGAAUGAGACGUGCAAAAGAGAGCGAAGAGAGGCUUGCGAAUUUUCAUUCACAAACCAUGGUGCACGAACUGAAAAGUGUUUUACAUCGAAGAGUAACAGAAUUGGAUUUAGCUGACGAUGACCACGUUGACAGCACUGUCACCACUCAAUGAGCGAUCGAGCCAGCGAAGAGCGAUCUUACUACUACUACUACUACUACUACUACUACUACUACUACUACUACU